UUUUUUUUUAAAUUUUGUGCAAAUGACUUAUAUAGCUUAUCCGGUCAUGCAAAAUUUCACCUGAACGCAAUUUAUCAAUUAGGAGGCAGUAGCUGCAGCAAUUAAACGGUUCGACCCACUUUUCUUCUAAUGCUAAUUUGUUAAGAAGCUUUCCCACUGGGGCUGUGAGAGGAUUUGCUUUUGAGGCAAGGAGAAAAAAAAUAAGCCUCUUUCUUUUAGUAUGCAAACUUCAUUUCAUGCAGCAGGAGGCUAUGUUGGUGCAUCGGUAUAAACCAGGGUAACGCCAGGAACAUGAGAAAUCAGGCCACAGCAUGCAGUAGAAAAGGCUGCUCCUGCACUGCACAUGCUGUCCUCCUCUACAAGCUCCCAUCCUGCUUCAGCUGUGUGUCUGGUUCUCAGUGUGUUUUUCUGACCUUCUUCAGGCCAUGCCUUUGCUCCUUUGUGUUUAAAUCUUCCAUUUGAUGGCGUGAUGCUUGGAUACAUGUUGCAGCGCCACACCUCCCUCCCUGUCUCUGACUCAGUCAGGAUAUUUAUAGACAGACUCCUGCACCCUGGAGAGUUAAGACAGACCAAGUCCUCGUGUGUAAUGCACAAAUAGAAGCAGUGGCUAAUCAAGAACUAGGCUUGCUUUGCAGAGGACAUGAAGGCUCAUAAACAGCAGGAACGCGACACCAAAGGACAAUUUCUUACACCCACGGUAAACAGCUACAAGAUGCAUUCAGCACCGGUGAAAUCCCUGCUCUCAGAGAAACUCGUACCCAGGCCUCUUGACAUACGGUUUCCGACAGACCUCACGAAAACCAACCUGGUCGUUUUCAGAGCCAAUCCAUCGAGGCAAGACUGCAAGUUGGGCAUGUACGGUAAAACCCUGCGUACCCCAGCGUCCGUGAAAGAGUUCACAGGACCGGAGAUUGCUCUAACGCCCCCUCCAGUGACCGUCAAGAGGGGGAAAGCACAGCGAGUCAACCACAACGCAGAGCUCACCCACACACACAGCAAGGCCCCUGUCCUCUUAAACACACUCGGUGAUCCUGUGGCACCGAGUGACAGAUCUGCUCCAGGUUUUCCCGUCUACCUCUGCUGUGGGAAUGAUUAUCCUUUCAUCCUGGACAGACUUGACCUUGACCGUCGUGACUUGAUUGAAUGCCCAAACCUGGACGGGAUGAAUAAGCUCCGCGUCCUCAACCUGCAGCACAACCGGCUCUCUCACCUCCCACACCUGGCUCACCUGCGACACCUUGUCUUCCUCGAUCUCUACGACAACCGUUUGAUCGACAUGUCGGCCGCAUCACCUCUCAGCUCCCUUCGCGUGCUCGUGCUCGGCAAGAACAGAAUUCAGAGGAUAUGUGGUCUGGACACCCUGACAAAUCUCGAUGUGCUGGACUUACAUGAAAACCAGAUCAGUAGGAUCGAGAACGUUUCUCACCUAGCAGAACUCAGAGUUCUGAACUUGGCAGGAAACUACAUCUCCAGGGUGGAGAACCUGCAGGGCCUGGAAUCUCUGAUCGAGCUCGACCUCAGACUCAACCACAUCUCCUCUGUAACGGAGGUGGACCGACUGCCCUGUCUCCAGCGUCUCUUCCUCAGCUCUAACAGCAUCAGCAGUUUUGAUGAGCUGGCCUGUCUGGGAGACUCGUGCUCUCUGAAUGAGCUCACCCUGGAUGGGAACCCUGUAGCUCAGGAGUCAUGCUACAAACAGACCGUGCUGCGCUGCGUGCUUCCACUCCGGCUGCUGGACAUGAAGCGCAUCACAGAGGAGGACAGACGCGUGGCAAAUCUUUUAGCGCGAAAGGAGGAUGAGAAGAAACGCGAGAGCCACAAACAAGCCGCUCACAAGGAGAAGCGGCGACUGGCCAUCCGUAAUGCAGCGCAGCAGUGGGAGGACUCCAGGAGCUUUCUCGAGCUUCCAGCACAGAACGGCGCCAAGGAAGAGCUGAGCCCAGAGAACAGCCCCGCCCACAGCCCAGGACAGACCAAUGGGAUCACUCAGGAGCCGUCACCCGAUGACCUCAGGCGAGAUAGAGGGAGUCCUCUCACUGUUCCUGAGCGUCCAGCAGGGGGCAGUGAUGGUAAAGCGCGCUCUAGCAGCCGCCCCAACAGCCCCCGAGACCCCAGACUCCAGGAGGCAGGGGGCGCCAGCGUGCAGAGUCUGUCUCUGUCUGAGAGCCACGUGGCCGAGCUGGACGGCGAGACGGUGCGUCUGUUCGGUCCGGGGGCUCUGGAGACUCUAGAGAGAGGCUGGGGGGUGCAGACAGCCAGCACCGUCACUACCAUCGCCUUCCGCUAUAUCCAGUUCGACAGCAUCGUGCCCACUCUGCCACGCAUUCGCCUCAAAUUCCCCAACCUCACGCACCUGAUCUUUAUGGAGACUAAUAUAACACGGCUGCUGCAAUUAGCAGCUCUAGCGCAGGUAAAGAGGCUGGAGCAGGUGACCAUCGAUCCGGAAGGAAACCCCGUAGUGAGCCUGGCUCUGUGGCGAGCCUUCCUCAUCUACAGACUCAACCACCUGAACCUGCAGAGAAUCAACGGCACGGAGGUGACACUGAACGAUGUCAUGGCGGCCGAGCGCCUUUUUGGGACCCUGGGUCACGUGGCUUCGACGGAAACGCCACACUGUCGACUGCUUCUGCUGCUGGAGGAGUCUAGGAAGAGGCAGCUGCAGUUCUUGCUGGAGGGCAGAGUUCGCAGGUUCGGUUUGAGCCCUGAAGAGCUGAGGGAGAACGGGAAGCUGUUGGGGGAGAGCAUGAGCCGCGCACUCUUUAACUACCACAGCAAGGAUUCCAGCUCUGAGAGUCCAGAGGAGAGCAGCAGCGAGGUGUCGGAGCGCAGCUCCGUGGUCGAUCAGUACCUGCGAGGACUCGUGCACACGGCGUCCAGCACCGGCUUGAAGAGAGAAGCGCUGCACAAGCUCUGGCCCACCAUGUUUGUAGAGAUGGUGAGGGACUGCGUGCUCGAGACAAGGGACACACCAGCGUACACGCGCGCCUGCCUCGACACGCUCUCCGACACCAAAUGAGAGGGAGGAGAGCGAUGAAACGGAAAGUGUGUGGCGAGAAAUGAAAGGAUGUUUACUCCGCCCAGGAGGAAAAAAAACAAAUUCCUCACGUUUUUUUUUUUCUUCUUCUUCGUCUUCAUCCGUUUCCAAACACAGUCUCCUAUGGAGAUUAGUCAAAUGUAGAGAUUUUGAACUGACUCAGAGGGACAGACUGACUCUUCUGUGAGACUCGUUAACACACACACUUAAGCUCUAACUGAGAAAAAGGGAAUGAUCUUUGAAGAAAACAAAACAUGAUGCCUGUGAUGUUUUUAAUGCUUGUUCACCCACUCACAAGUGUCCCAGAGGAGCAGUAAAAGUCAUACACUAGUGCGUUUUGCUAACGUCGGUCUUCCUAAAGGUGCUGCUAAUACAGACACAAAGUGAAAAAUCCCGUCUGGUUCUUUUUCUGUCCGCUGUAACUGCGAAACACUAGAAGAGAUAAGACAGGUUUAUGUUUCAGCAUCUCUCUCUCUUUUUAUGCUGUCGGAUCAGAUCCAAAUGACUUUUCUUGCACAGAGGUUGUUGGGGUUGUUUUUUUUUUGCGCUUUUGUUCUGUAUUUUACAGGAUAUUAAAAGAGAAUGAUGAACUCUUGA